GGGUCAGAAAAUUUAUCGCUAUCAGAUUCGCCUAUCGGUCUUGGUCCCACCCCCUUCACUAACAAACUCAAGGGUCUCGCGUUUCCUUACCGGGGCCUUAAACUCAUUCCCGCUCCCGACCGUCGUCUCCAUUGUUUGAAGUUGUCGUCGCCCAACUUUUGGCGUCGUUCUACCUCAACUUUUUCUCCUCCAAACACUUCCAAAUUCUUACAGCUCGUUGCCUCAGCUCCGCCAUGCCUGAGGCGGUAAAGUCCAAGGCCGCCUUCGUGGAAGACUAUAACUCCGAUGAUGAGGAGACGUUGCCAGGCACUCGCACAGUCGCUAAUGUUGGUGCUCGAAUGAGAGACAAUCUCAAGCCCACGAAGCCCAAAGAAUCACCAACCCCCGCCAGUGACUCUGGCUAUUCUAGCCAUACAGCUGCGACAGUUGGCAGCGCGGACUUUACGAAACAAAAAGUAAACCAGUCAUCGACCUCGAACAGUCCCGUGAAGAAGCAACGCCCAGCACUCGUGCAGGCGCUCGUGUCUGGUAGCCAUCGAACCUCUGACAAACAAGCACAACGCACCUCCUCACGAAGCGAGCCCCGCACGGCAGAAGAAUGUUCCUGUGACGAAUGCAUGAAGAGCGAGCGAGCCACGUCAACUCCUUUGGAGAGACGGUGGGAUGUAGAGUAUGCACCGUUUAGUACUCGCCCUACAAUUCAUUAUCCAACGGACACUUCGCAAUCCCACCCGGCCCAACACCCCGCAUUCAACGAGGGGCCUAUCAUUCACAGCGCAAACCCGAGGCAGCGCGCUGCAUCAUCCAACUCAUAUGGACGCCCAGCAAGCUACCAUGCACCAGGUGUACCGGAUACCACAUACUUUCAGUAUAACUCGCCCAUGGUGAGCUAUAUGAACCCGGGCUACCCACCCCCCGGAUCGUACCACCCACAAAUGAAUCCAUACAUGGUCGCUCCUCAACCUGCUAUUCAAGGCGCAGCCGUUCCUCCUUCCCCAAUUCAAACAAAUUUCACACCGUCUGCGAAUCCAUAUGACCAGGGUCGGCGCCAGUGGCAAUCUGACCGUUAUGCAACGCGGCCAACCUCGGUCUACGGGACACCUGUUGUCGAAUAUGAUCAGCCGUCCUUUGGCGCGCCAGCCAUGAGUCGGACGUCCAGUUCUCAGGAGGCGAGACGGGUGGUAGUUGCGACGUCUGAGCAUCGGAAGCGAGAUGACGACUACUAUCGGAUGCCCCCUCCAUCGACGAUUCCCAAUCGUCGUCCCAGCAUACGACAUUCGGCAACAACCUCUUCUGCGCGUGAGAUUCUUCGAUCAGAGGCGACCGAACGUAAUGAUCCGGGGCAUGCGGAUCGUCUUCGAAGAGACUCGUCUGAGCAUUCGUCCCGUCCGCGCCGGCCAAGCCUUCUGUCCAAUGAGGGGCGAAAAGCUGCGUCAUAUAUGAAUGCCCACGGUACCGCUCGGAUCUCUGUGGAAGGGCCCGGCCGCCGACGCGCAACUUACUAUGGAGCUGAAAAGGCAAAGGAUCUCGAGACUAAACAAAAGGAGGCUGAGGCAUAUCAAGAGGCCGUCACCAAGUCCACACCUCUUACGGCCGACGCACUUGGAGCCACUCGCCAAAGCCGCCGCAGCCAAUCUGGAUCUCGAAGCCGGGCAAGCAGCAGCCGUGAUGGCAGUGAUCUGCGAACCAGAUCGGGCUCGGCCGUUGCCCAGUCAGACGCCGGAAGCAUCACAAUGCGAAUCAAUGCAGGGACUGUCGAGCUGAGUGGAGACUUUGAUGGACGGACGAUAAGUCUAAUUCCGGGUGAAGAUGGUGCUCCUGCGGAACUCAGCAUUGGUCGGCCCCGUCCAAGGUACCUCGAUGGCUCUGGCUCAACUCAGCUCGAAUAUGCGCGGACUGUGCCAAGAGCGCUCGAGGAGGGGCCUAGUACGAGGGAUCGAGACUCACGAGCAGAUCGCGAAAGCCUAAGAUCAGGCCGAUCUGGACGCAGCUGAGACCAAUACCGAUUCAAUGAUUCGUCCAAACGACUCCCUUGGACGGAUCCCGAUCAUGGAUCCCCCAAAGUUACAACUGCCAAUUGCGUUUUGCCGGCACGGCAUCCAUUGUACGACAUAUUAAUUUUUCCUUGCAAAUGUCCGAAAUCUGCUUUUGAUCCAAU